AUGAUAGCUGGACAAGUCAGUAAGCCCUUGCUGUCACUGCGGAGUGAAAUGAAUGCAGAGUUGAGAGGUGAGGACAAGGCAGCUGCUUCAGACAACGAGCUGAAUGAGCCCCUGCUUGCGCCUGUGGAAUCAAAUGACAACGAGGACACUCCCAGCAAGCUCUUCGGAGCCAGAGGAAACACAGCGCUGUCUGAUGCGAGCACAUCUGAUCAGCACCAACCCAGUCAAUCCCAUCCGGCAUUCCCUGUUGGGCCCCAGCCACUUCUGACGGCUCAGCAGUUGGCCUCAGCUGUAGCCGGGGUGAUGCCUGGAGGCACUCCAGCACUGAACCAGCCUAUCCUUAUUCCGUUCAACAUGGCUGGACAACUGGGUGGUCAACAAGGACUGGUCCUGACUUUGCCUACCGCUAAUCUCACCAACAUUCAAGGGCUGGUAGCAGCAGCUGCAGCAGGAGGCAUUAUGACUUUGCCAUUGCAAAAUCUACAAGGUAAAGCACUUUGA